AUGUACAAGUAUCUGGUCGACGGCUUCGAGGUCCUCUGUAACGACAUGGAUAUCGACAAGCGGCCCUCGUUCUACCAAGGAGCUAGCAAGCAGUGGUUGUCCCCAUAUAGGUCCUGGCGUCGCCAUCAACAAUUUAUGUCACCCGACAUUGUCGCGCUUCCCCCAGGGACGACUCUUGGCCCUAACGAGCAGCCUCACGAGUGGAAGCAGGUGUGCUUCGUGGUCGAGGUCAAAGGCAGCAACCAUCCGGACCCGAUCACUUCUCAGAGUGAGAAGGCUAUCGAGCAUAGAGUCCAGAUCAUGCGCGACGCCGGCAAUGUCAUGCUUGCCACUGGCUCCCUUUGUGUCUUUGUCAUCGGCAUCUAUGGCCAGGAAGCCCGUAUCUUCCGCGUCGACCACGCCGGGGCAGUAGGUAGCUGUCGUUUCAACUACACUGCCCAGCCGGAGGUGCUUUGGCAGUUCAUAUGGUGUUUCUUCCAUCCGAAUACCAGGGCGCAGUUCAUCGGGGCCGACGAUACGUGCUGGCUGGCGAGCGCGGAGGAUGUUGCAUGGGCGAACUUGAAGGAAGUUUGUACCACCGCUGACGGAAGAUGGGAUGCCAACGCAGAGGAGGAGUCAAAUCGCUGGGUCAAGAUACCAUCCAACGAAGGCGAGCAUAGCAUCUACCAAGAAUAUCUUCUGCUGCGGCCCAUCUAUGUCGAUCCAAACACGUUUUGUCCAGCAACGUGCGUCCGUCAGGCGGUGUUGAAGGGCGAUCAGUCUGGGAAACGGUAUAUCGUCAAGGACGCGUGGCGGCAACGAGCUCGAAAGCACCCAGAGAUGGCGUUCUACGAGCGGAUCGAGCAAUACUGCAGAGAGAAAGGGGUCCCUUACACGGGCAUUGCAAGACUAGCAAACGGCGUCGACUUCGGUUGCGAGCACCCCAAGAGUCUACACGAAGCUCAGUCUAUGUCAGCUAAUGCCCCUUCUGAUUCGCCGACGUUGCAUCCGCGUGAUCGUCACCACAUGCCGAUCGUUUUGGACACUGUCGGAAUACCUCUGGACCAAUUUCCUAGCACGAGGGUCCUCAUCGAGGCGUUACGUGACGCUGUAAAAGGCCAUCAACUUGCCUUUCUCGCCGGGGUGAUGCAUCGUGAUAUCAGCAAGGGCAACAUCCUCAUUCUGCUGGGAAAUGCGCUCUUCAAAGGAUUCAUCUGUGAUCUCGAUUGCAGCAGCUUUAUCGAUAGCACUGCCUUCGGCGGCUCGCGUCUACAAGACUAUAAUGACGAGGAUACCCUGGAACAUGACCUAAAGGAGCGAACGGGAACGUUUCGGUACUUCGCCAUCGAACUGUUGCACAAAACAGCGGACGUCCUCCAUCGUGUCCAUCACGAUCUCGAAUCGUUCUAUUGGGUCAUCUUGUGGAUCGUUGUGCGUCACACCGAUCAUGAACACCCAGAGGGUGCCGCCCUCUGCAGCACGAUAUUUCCAACCGAGAACGAGAUCAUCGCCAAAAGCGCCAAGAUUGCCUGGCUGUCGGACGGGGAGAUCACGAUCCGCGGUAAUAAGCCUCUCACUGACCUUAUGACCAACUUGUCGGCCUUGGCUGAGAAUUCGCGGAAGCGGAAGAAUCGGCCAGUCGACCCUCUGACCCAUGAAGCGUUCAUCCUCGUCCUCGACGAGGCUUUGAAGGCCGAGGGCUGGCCGGAGAAUGACAAGGCGCGCCCAUUCGUACCCCCGCACGUCGACGCAGAUGGCAAGGUUGUCAAAACAGGAACCAAGCGCACCAGAGGAGCCGACGAUGAGAGCAACCGCUCGACGAAGAGGAAGAAGCCGUCGGCGGAGGAGGUACCGCUGCCGCAAUCCGAAGAGGCGGACAACGUUGCUAUUGAGGAGGGGGUUAACCCGGAGAAGUCCAUUGACGGUACUGCCUGA